AUGACUCUUGUCUCCGACCAGGUGCGGCGUCUCGACGCCUAUCUGGAUCGUCUCCCCGUCCUCUCCGAAGACUCGUCCGAGGAUGGACGCGAGGAAACUGAUGACCGGGGCUUCACCGUCGCCAAUGCCUUCUCUUCUCCUCGCCUCGACCACCUGCUCCGCAUCGUCCAGUCCCUCAGCACCUCAUCCUCUCACCCUCUCCUCCCAUCAUGGCGCAUCCGGAGCCUUCUCACUCAGUCUGGAAUCCCUGCUCCACCUGGUGCUAUUGUGAGGCCUUCUCAUGUUGAUGCCUUGAAGAGUCCUUAUGAAAAUGAGAUCGAGUGGCUCCUCGUCAGCAAAGCCACCAUCCAUAUUCAUGGCGUUGUUCUCGACACCCUGCUGGAACAAAUUAUCCCGCUCAGUGACGACAUUUGGUAUUGGGACGAUGUCCUCAGCUCAUACGCCUACAGCAGUCUGUACACUGUUCAAACCUCCCCGGUUCGCCUAUGGUCCUGGUCCCAAGAAGUCUACAGCACGACCAAGCUGCGGCUUCGAUCCAGUUCCGUGCGAGACGCUCCGGCCGACUUCGUAGACUCGACUAGGACCGGACUCUCGCAACAGUGGAAACAGUUCUAUGGCAUCGUUCAGGACAGUAUACGCGAGCGUUCCUUUGCCAACAUCCAACGUAAGGUCCUGUCUCCGGUGGCUCUCUGCCGUGCGGAGGCUAGACGGAAGCAAGCUCAGUUGAGGAAAUUGAGAGAGAUUACCGCCAGCGGACUUGGCGUUUUGAUGGAUGAGGGCUUGCAGUUUGGUCCCGACGACGAAAAGGCCGAGAUGCAGGACCACCACGACCUCAAGGGUGUCGUUGAGCGUAGCGUCGCCCUGAUCGACAUGGUACUCAAGGAGGUCUGCACUCUGGAUGUUAACAUUAACGACUUCGAAGACAAGGUGUUUGCUGGCGUGGAAGAGGACCCCGAGCUCUCAGUUCACCUGGAGGAUAGCAACGCAACUGAACGACCAGCAAUCCUCGCCCGACGGCUACUCCAAAUCAUUGACAAGACUCUCCCUGAACACCUUACUGUUAUGAAGGGCCUAGCAAAGGAAAACGGCCCCCCUUCUCCCUUAGUGCGGUAUUGGCUCUUUGCCAGUGUCGGUGUGCUCUCAUCAACCACCAUCUUGCGGAUUCUACUCAACCGAAAGGCCGAUAUUGUCCAGUGGUUCCUCGAUUUUGGGGCGACGGUCCAAGAUUUCUGGUUCAACUGGGUUGUGGAACCGACGGGGAAGGUUAUUCAAACAAUCCGGCAUGAUAAGACGAGUGAAAUCGCUAUCAUGAGCCGGGACAGUCUCAAGGCCGAUCGCGAAAGUCUCGAACGCAUGGUUGUUGACUUCGCCCUUGACAAACCCCAUUUCGCCUCGACGAGCGGAAUGCCUCUAUCCGACUCUCAAAUUGCCGAGAUUCGAACCAAGGUCGCUGAGGGUGAUGUAACCCCAGUGCUUCGAGCGUUCGAGCAGGACCUGCAAAGCCCUCUUAUGGGCGCGAUCCGGGGCGACCUGGUUCGGUCACUUCUGAUCCAAGUUCAGAAGACAAAGGUUGAUCUUGAGGUUGCCAUGACCGGCAUCGACUCCCUCCUCAAGAGUCAGGAAUUGGUCUUCGGCUUCGUCGGUCUCACUCCUGGUGUCAUCGUUUCGGUCGGCCUCUUCCAGUACCUUCGCGGCAUCUUCGGUGGACGAUCUGGCCAGCGCAACUCGGCCAAGGCCGGCAAGGCUGUGCGCGUCCUCCGAAACAUCGAUCGUAUCCUCUCCGAGGCUCGUCCCACAGAGAGCAACCUCUUGUCGUACAAGGACCAUGGUCUCUUGUUGUGCGAAGUACAUGUCUUGCGCAACUUGGUCGAUCGGUUGAUGCCCCGCGACAUUGGAAGGGAAUUCCUCGAGGACCUUGACGAUCUCUCCAAUAUGAAAGGCAUCCAGCUGCAGGCCCGGGCCCUCGAGCGCAUCCGAUGGGCCUACGGCAGGUGGCUGAAGUAA